AUGGAAGCACAAUUACGUGAGUCAUCAUCAUUUCCAGUGAUAUGCCUAGAAGAAAUAAAGGCACUUGAUAUAUUCAUUGAUUUUAUGCUUAAAAAUCAACCCUGUAGAAUGCAUACGAAAACAAUGGCUAAAUGGAAAAGUCGAAAACAAUGGGUGAAAUGUAUGAAUGGAAAAAAUAUUAUUAAUGUCGAGUUUCUCAUCAAACAAUAUGGGCACAUGGAAGUACCUUUGGUAAAGGAAAGAAUUGAUAAGAGAAUGGAAAAUUGUGGGAAGUGUGUGGAUUAUGAGAAAAAGCCUUCAUGCUUCCAGAACUCUCAAAAAAUGAAGCUUAAAAAUUAUAUCGAAAUGAUGCUAAAGAACGAUGGGUUAAAUAAUAUUGGCUAUGCCAAAGAUUGGCAUUUUCAACAGGAGUCAGGAACAUUCUACGAAAUGUAUGGAUUACCGUCAGUUUUACGUUUUGAUUGGAUAAACAAUGAACUAUGGUCAAAUGAUGAGCGUAAUAAACUGGGCGAUUAUCGUUUCGUUUAUUUCGGAGCCAAAAACACUUGGACACCAUUUCAUGCUGAUGUGAUGAGUUCAUAUAGUUGGUCAGCGAAUAUUUGCGGACGAAAGCUUUGGUAUUUUGUACCACCGAGAAAUGAAGAGUGCUUUAGAAUUGAUCGUGAUACAUUUUUAGAGGAUAUUCGAACUGCUCAAGACAAAUGGUCCGCGGCUACUGUCAUAUCAUUUAUUCAAGAAGAAGGAGAAAUUGUUUUCGUUCCUUCUAACUGGUAUCAUCAAGUACAUAAUUUGGAAGAUACAGUUUCAAUCAACCAUAAUUUUGUUAAUGCGAGUAACGCGGACUUGAUUGUUGAGCUGGUAAUUAAACGUCUGAUGGAUAUAGACAGGGAAUUAGCCGAUUGUAGAUCAUGUUUCUUAUCUGCGGAAUACAACAGCUAUUGCGAAAAAAUAUUGGCUGCAGAUAUUCGAGUGAACAUAGUGCAACUAAGUUCAUUACUUCAACUGAUUAUAGAUGAUCGAGGAAAUGAUGUAAACGAAUGUUGGAUUUGUCCACAACACCGGUCGUUAGUGAAGUGCAAAAAAGAUGGCAACUGUCUAGAAUUCAUGCGAAAAAUGAUUCGAAUGAAUUGUACUUGCCAAAUGGGAAAUAGCGAGAUCUGUAACAACUGUUUAAACUUCAUGAAAAAAUAUGAAAUUUCCAUUGCCGCUGAAUGCCUUGCGCGAAUUCAUUAUAUUGAGAAAGAAAGGAACUGA